UCACAAUCUAGAACGUGUUGAUAUACGGGUCACGCAGGCCAUUACAAACACGGAGAAAACAAAAUAACUUUACUCAUAUCUAUAAAUAUUUAUUGGAGUCCACUCUGAGUAUUAGUCUCAUCACACUUUAUCUAAUUUUUGUAACUGCUUUAGUAGUUUCGUUUUGUUUUAUGGCAUCUGCACCAAAAUAGUUACUCACCACAUUAUGAACUUACAAGAGUCAUGUAUUCCUCAGGAAGGGUCGUCUUCCAGCAAAUUCGACAGCUUGCUAACCACCGCCAGCAACACCGAGCUGGAUGUUUCAGUAGUGACACCUUUUCUUGUGAAGCACAUCAGCGACCAGCUGUUAAUUCCUAAAGACAACUUCCACAAGUACUGCUACAGACACAAUCCGGACAUCACUUGUAACAAACGGACGGAUGAAGACAAGAUGAAGAAGAUACAAACUGCUUUGGAUAAACUCCCCUCUAGGGACCAGGAGGCCAUAGCUCAUGUGUGGUCGAUUUUCUCUGCCGCCCCCAGUGCACAUCGUCAGAUUAUCCUCAACGGGAUAUUGACCCAGUGUUGCUUUCCACAAUUAUCGUAUGUUGCCCAAGAGGUAUCAUCGCUCAUUAGAAUUGAUUUCAUCUCCACUUUGCCUGUAGAGAUCUCGCUAAAAAUUUUGUGCUAUUUGGAUUGCAAUUCUCUUUGCAACGCAGCACAGGUAUCCAGAAAAUGGAAGUCGUUAGCUGACGAUGAUAGGGUCUGGCACCACAUGUGUGAACAGCAUAUAGAUCGUAAAUGUCCUAACUGUGGCUGGGGCUUGCCUUUGAUGCAUAUGAAGAGAGCUCGUGAGAUGACUGAAGAAGACAUUAAGCCUAUCUUAAAACGUAGGAUAGAAGAAAUUACAAACGCCAAGAGAAUGAAGUUGAGCUCAUCACAGGAACUGCCACAGCCCCAGAAGCAGUUGAAGAAGAGACCAUGGAAAUCUGUCUACUCAGAAAGAUUUAAGUUGGAGAAGAACUGGAGAAAGGGUAUUUACACUGUGAAAAAGUUCUUGGGUCAUACUGACGGAGUCACAUGUUUGCAAUUCAACCGUAAGUACCUCAUGACUGGCUCUUACGAUACAACCAUAAAGAUUUGGAAGAUUGAAACUGGUGAAUGCUUGAAGACGUUGACUGGCCAUACGAAGGGAGUCAGAUCUUUGGUGUUUGAUUCACAGAAAUUGAUUACUGGUGGUCUUGAUUCGACUAUCAAGGUCUGGAACUACCAUACUGGUCAGUGUAUUGCUACUUACAAGGGACAUGAAGACGCUGUGGUAUCUGUAGAUUUUUCCAACAAGUCUAUCGUAUCUGGAUCUGCUGACCAUACCGUCAAGGUGUGGCAUGUAGACUCGAGAACCUGCUACACCUUAAGGGGACACACUGACUGGGUCAACUGUGUCAAAAUCCAUCCACAGUCCAACACUAUCUUCAGUGCUUCUGAUGAUACCACCAUUAGAAUGUGGGAUCUUCAGAACAACCAGUGCUUAAGGGUGUUUGGUGGAAUGGAUAAGAAUGGACAUAUUGGGCAAGUUCAAAGUGUCAUUCCCUUUACUUAUAAAGAAGAGUUGAUUGAAGAUGGAAGUGAAAGUGAAAGUGAAUCCAACCAUUUACAUAACUCGAGUCACAACCGUACUGGCGGAGGUUCUAUUUCAGGUGUUGCAACAGGAAAUGAACCUGCCGAGAACCUUGACGAAGUAGACGAAUUGCCUUGGAAUCCUAACUAUCCAACGCAUUUAUUGACUUCUUCUUUGGAUAACACCAUAAAGUUGUGGGAUGUGAAGACUGGUAAAUGUAUUAGAACCCAGUUUGGCCACAUCGAAGGUGUGUGGAGUAUUGCUGCUGAUACUUUCAGAAUCAUCAGUGGUGCCCACGACAGAUUGAUCAAGGUAUGGGACUUACAGAAUGGUAGGUGUUUGCAUACUUUUGGAAACAAUGCCAGUGUCAGCUGUGUCGGUUUGAGCGAUUCGAGAUUUGCUGCUGGUUUGGAAAGCGGAGCUGUGAAGAUGUACUGUUUUGAUUGAAUACAGCUUGCGAACCUACUAAUGAUAAUUAUUAAAAUUUGUACUAUACUUUAUUUGGGUCAUGUUUAAGAACUACUGAAUUUUCAACUAUAUAUUGGGAUUAUUGGGUAUAUUUAAUGGAUAAGUUAUAUCU